GAUCACCCGAAAUGGCGAUAUGUGUUUAAAUUACGGUUUUUAAAUUAAGGAGUCGUAUUGUAACAAACCGGUCGUAGAUUUGUUACGAUCCUUUCGGUCGAGAAGUUCGGAAAACCAUUUCACCACGAUAAAUCCUCGAGUGGAAAUUUCCUCCAGGCCAGGACUAAAACGUCCGACGAGGGUCUUCGUCGAAAAAGUCGUACGAUACAGUUUCCGGCGGUUUACCCCCGAGGAAGGCUAACCUUCAGCUCUGUCAUCAGUCAGUUUAUCUGCGGCCGAACCCAUUCAUGUUAUUGUCCGACUAGUCUCGUUUCGCCCGUCAACAGAACAAGGCCGAAAUGAUCCUGUUGGAGAUCAACAACAGGAUAGUCGAGGACACUCUCACGAUCAAGUUCCAGAACGCUUUGGCUGAGAACAAGCCCGAGUCGCUGGACAUCACGGUCGCCGAUUUCGACGGCGUUCUUUUCCACAUUUCCAACGUGGACGGGGACAAGAGCAAAGUCAGGACGAGCAUCUCACUGAAAUUUUACAAACAGCUCCAGGAACACGGCGCCGACCAACUCCUUAAAAGGGUGUACGGCCCCUACUUGACCGAGCCCGAAGACGGCUUCAAUGUCUCAGUAUUAGUCGACCUAAAAAACAUACCUGAUGAUUGGCAAGAGCUUGUAAAGAAAAUUGGGCUUCUCAAGAGAAACUGUUUUGCAUCUGUAUUUGAGAAGUACUUUGACUUUCAAGAGAAGGGCGAAGAAGGACACAAAAGAGCUGUCAUCAAUUAUAGAAAUGAUGAAACUAUGUACGUUGAAGCGAAAGCCGAUAGAGUCACUGUAGUCUUCAGUACAAUAUUCAAAGACGAGAAUGAUGUCAUUAUCGGUAAAGUGUUCAUGCAGGAGUUCAAAGAAGGCCGGCGGGCAAGCCAUACGGCACCCCAAGUAUUGUUUAGUCAUAAAGAACCUCCUUUAGAACUGGUUAACACAGACGCACGAGUAGGGGAAAAUAUAGGAUAUGUUACAUUUGUAUUAUUUCCAAGACAUACAAACCCACAGAGGAGGGAUAAUACAAUUAACUUAAUACACAUGUUUCGCGAUUAUUUACAUUAUCACAUCAAAUGUUCUAAGGCCUAUAUUCAUUCGAGGAUGAGAGCUAAGACUUCGGACUUCUUGAAAGUCUUGAACAGAGCGAGACCCGAGUCAAAGAGCACAGAGAAGAAAACUAUGACUGGACGAACUUUCGUAAGACGGGAUUGAUUAAACUUUCCCGCCUACAACUGGAAUCGCCAACUCCUGCCCAGUCGUAGUACCAUGUCUUGUUUUAGCAAAAACUAUUUUUGUUAUUUUCUAGCCCUAAAUUGUGUCAAAUCAUUAUAGGAGCUGGUUAUAAAUAAAAUUAGCAAGGAGAU